UCACGUCAGAGUCUCAUCUCGCGAGAGUGUGACGAAACUUUUGGAAAGUAGGCCGGCUGGAGCCCAGGAGCUGGUGCAUCGAAAAGGCGAUGCGGGACAUUUAAACGGCGAUGGGGGGACAUUUAAACUGCAAUCCGGGACUGUGGGCUGUGUUAUGAAAAUCGGGGCUGUCCCGCGAAAAGCGGGACAGUUGGGAGGUAGUUGCGAUUUAGGUGGAAUCUUACUGCAUAAAAUCAGCUCUUCUAUAAGAUAAGAUCUCUAUCUGAAAACUACGAAAUGGUGCGAUCAUGUUCUGCUGCUAACUGCGUCAACCGUCAGACAGCACUAAGCAAGCGCAAGGGUAUAACAUUUCAUCGGUUUCCAAAAGAACAAGCUCGCAGGCAACUUUGGAUUACUGCCGUGACCCAUUCUCAUGCUGCUGUGGGAACGGACUGGACUCCUUCCAUUCACAGCUCUCUCUGUUCCCAACACUUUCACAAUAUACAAUUUGACCGAACCGGACAGACUGUACGGCUGCGGGACACUGCGGUGCCAACGAUAUUUUCAACACUCAACUACUCAAAGAUGCCUAGACACUGCUCUUCUCUUGGCUGCACCACUCGAGACUCAAGGCAGACAAGAAAAAACAACAUCUCCUUUCACAGGCUUCCAAGGAAAGAUGAUCCCUGCAGAAAUCUUUGGAUAGCGAAUUGCCAGAGGACUGACCCUAGUGGCAAAGGUCUUUGGGAUCCUUCUUCUGACUAUGUAUACUUCUGUUCUAAACACUUUGAGAAAAGCUGUUUUGAAGUUGUUGGAACAAGUGGCUACCACCGUCUUAAAGAAGAUGCUGUUCCGACAUUAUUCCUGUCUUCUGCUAAGCUUCGGAGAGCAGCAAAGCUUAAAACUCAAAAAAAGAAAAGUGCAAAGAACACAAAAGGAAAACGGAAAAGGAAUCUUCCAUCGCACAUCAAUCCAAGUCUGUCCGAGAACCCCGAUCAAUCUGCUGCAGAAUGUUUUGAUGACCGAAGGUAUGAUGGAGUGCCUGCACAAGACUUAGUUAACUUUCAUGGACUCUGCCCUGAAAAUAUAGAUCUUCCAACUGAUACAACCCCAGCAGAAGGAGCCGUGGCCACCACAGUUGACCAGAUGCACCCGGAGGGCACCCUGGAAGAUAUGGAGGUGUCUGCUGUUAUUAAUGGGCCUAUCUCAGACUGUAACCUGGAAUUAUCCAAUGUGAGAGAUAAAAUUGCUUCAGAUAUGUCAAUAGACUCAAUGAAAAAUUCCAUAGAAAGAAAAGAUGAACCUUCCUGUCCUGUCUCUCCUUCAGUUUACAUGAUGCGCCUCCCUCAGCCUCCCGGUGCCUACAUCCAAAAUGAACACAGCUACCAUGUGGGUAAUGCCCUUCUUUGGAAGAGACGGGCUGAAGCUGCACUGGAGGCUUUGGGUAAAGUCCAAAGGCAGCUGGAGGCAUGCAGACGUAGAGAGCAGCGACUGCGACUUCGCAUCUCUGCGUUACAACAUGAACACUUGCGAGAAAGACGCGCACAGACCGAUGUUAGAGAAAAACUGAAAGAACAUUUGCAGGUGUUCGAGCUGCAGCUUAUCAAUGACUUUGUAUAAAUCUCACUGAGUAGCAGCCAAGGGACGUGUAAUUCAUGUACAGCUUUAUCAUAAACAUGUUCCUGCAGCAAGUCAGUCGUGUCUCUUAUUUCCUUAUAUUUUUCAUUUUACUCAUUUCAUUGACUUUUUAAGUUAUUCUGUGUGCAAGUUAUAUCCGCAUGUAUCCUGUUUCAAUUGCAUAUAUCUCAUUGUCAUUUGACUUUAUCCAUCCGAAUACAAUCCCAUUUAUUUGAAAUGAAAAUACUUUAAGGCUUGAAAUGAACAGUUUAUUCAGUUUCGUUUUAACCAUCCAGUUAAUGUUUGAGUCUCCGCUUUAAACCAAUUUCUCCUUCUGCAAAAUCGAUGUAUUGUUUAAACAAGAAAUGUGCCAUGUUUGUAAAUAUGGUUUAAUGUCUAGCUGAUUUCUAAUCAUCACAUUUCUGUCUAUUGUAUAUGAAAGGGCAAGUGAUCGCGUAUUGUUAGGGAAGGAAGCUGGAACCAUAUGAGCAGUGCAAGAUGGGGAUUUAGGUGUAUAUAAAUAUUACAGCAUUAUAGGAGCCAACAAAGCAAUUUUAAAAGCUUGGGCUUCAUUGGCCAACCUUGGCUUAUUGUGA